UAUUCCUUUCCUGGCUGGUGAUUUGCCAUUAAGAUACUUCCUGCCUUGUGACCGCACACCCGUGGGUAACAGAGUAGUUCUGCAGAUCAGAAAGAAGGGGGUUUCCGGUCACACGCCAGUACCAGUACCGCUGAGAACGCUUUCUUCCAAGGACUGUGGUCUAAAGCAAUAAUUAAAAAAAAAAAAAAAAUGGCCAGAGGAUCAGUGUCCGAUGAAGAAAUGAUGGAGCUCAGAGAAGCAUUUGCCAAAGUUGAUACGGAUGGCAAUGGGUACAUCAGCUGCAAUGAGUUGAACGACUUGUUCAAGGCUGCUUGCUUGCCUCUGCCUGGUUAUAGAGUGAGAGAAAUUACCGAAAACCUGAUGGCUACCGGUGAUCUGGACCAAGAUGGGAAGAUCAGCUUUGAUGAGUUUAUGAAGGUUUUUCAUGGCCUAAAAAGCUCAGAGGUUGCCAAGACCUUUAGAAAAGCCAUUAAUAAGAAGGAAGGCAUUUGUGCGAUCGGAGGUACUUCUGAGCAGUCUAGUGUUGGCACCCAGCACUCCUAUUCGGAGGAAGAAAAGUAUGCCUUUGUCAACUGGAUAAAUAAAGCCCUGGAAAAUGACCCCGAUUGUCAGCAUGUAAUCCCAAUGAAUCCAAACACGGAUGAUCUCUUUAAUGCUGUUGGAGAUGGCAUUGUCCUUUGUAAAAUGAUCAACCUUUCAGUGCCCGACACUAUUGAUGAAAGAACCAUCAACAAAAAGAAACUCACCCCUUUCACUAUUCAGGAGAAUUUGAACCUGGCUCUGAACUCUGCUUCAGCCAUUGGGUGUCACGUGGUGAAUAUAGGGGCUGAGGACUUAAAAGAGGGAAAGCCUUACCUGGUGCUGGGACUUUUGUGGCAGGUCAUCAAGAUUGGGUUGUUUGCCGACAUCGAACUCAGCAGAAAUGAAGUUCUGGUUGCUCUUUUGAGAGAAGGGGAGAGCCUGGAGGAUCUGAUGAAACUCUCUCCUGAAGAACUCUUGCUGAGAUGGGCUAAUUAUCACCUGGAAAAUGCCGGCUGUGGCAAAAUCAGCAACUUCAGUACUGACAUCAAGCUGACUGACUUCUACAGCAAUAUAAAGGAUUCAAAAGCAUAUUACCACCUGCUUGAACAGGUGGCUCCAAAAGGAGAUGAAGAAGGUAUUCCUGCCGUUGUUAUUGACAUGUCUGGCCUAAGGGAGAAGGAUGACAUCCAGAGGGCAGAAUGUAUGUUGCAACAGGCGGAGAGGCUAGGUUGCCGGCAAUUUGUCACAGCCACAGAUGUUGUUCGAGGGAACCCCAAGUUGAACUUGGCUUUCAUUGCCAACCUCUUUAACAGAUACCCUGCCCUGCACAAACCAGAGAACCAGGACAUCGACUGGGGGGCACUUGAAGGUGAGACGAGAGAAGAGCGGACAUUUAGGAACUGGAUGAACUCCUUGGGCAUUAACCCUCGAGUCAAUCAUUUGUACAGUGACUUAUCAGAUGCCCUAGUCAUCUUCCAGCUCUAUGAAAAGAUUAAAGUCCCUGUUGACUGGAACAGAGUGAACAAACCACCAUACCCCAAAUUGGGGGGCAAUAUGAAGAAGCUUGAGAAUUGUAACUAUGCAGUGGAAUUGGGGAAGAAUCAAGCUAAAUUUUCUCUGGUGGGCAUUGGUGGACAAGAUCUCAAUGAAGGAAACCGCACUCUAACUUUGGCCUUGAUUUGGCAGUUAAUGAGAAGGUACACGCUGAAUAUUCUUGAAGAAAUUGGAGGUGGACAAAAGGUCAAUGAUGACAUUAUUGUCAACUGGGUAAAUGAAACAUUGAAAGAAGCUGGAAAAAGUUCAUCCAUCUCAAGUUUCAAGGAUCCAAAGAUUAGCACAAGUCUGCCAGUCCUGGAUCUCAUUGAUGCCAUUCAGCCAGGUUCCAUUAACUAUGACCUUUUGAAGACAGAAAGCCUGAAUGAUGAAGAGAAACUCAACAAUGCAAAGUAUGCCAUCUCUAUGGCCCGAAAAAUUGGAGCAAGAGUUUAUGCCCUUCCAGAAGACCUGGUUGAAGUGAACCCCAAAAUGGUCAUGACUGUGUUUGCCUGCCUGAUGGGGAAAGGGAUGAAGAGGGUGUAAGGCCAGUGGGUAGGCUAUAGAUGGCACUGUCCUUCCUCUGCUCAGCACAGGAUACCAACAGGAGACACGAGAAGAUGCCAGCAGUUCCAAACUUCUAACUUGAUGGCAUUAUAUAAAAUUCCAAAAAGGGUAUAUUUGUUCAGUCAGGUGGCCUCUCUUGUUCGUAACAAAAAGUGCUUCAAUCUUUGCAAAAUAUGCAGUUUCUUACAAUUUUUUUAUUGUUGAAUUUACUGCUUCUUAGAAUUUGUUUUCCAGGUGCCCUUUCUUGCUUUUGCCAUAGAAGCUACCGUGUUAAUUAAUUUUACCAUAACCUUUAAAACCAGUUUAACUUGAUUUGGCUGCCUUUUUGUCCAAGGCAAGCACCAGCUACGAGAAUCAUCACACUCGUCCACUAGUCCGAAAGCCUGUCUCUAGAAGCCAAUAUUUGUUGUUUACUAGACUUCCUAACCCCUUUCCUCUUAUACCCUGUCUCCCUGUGACUUUGUUCUUGAUCUGAUCAGAACUGCCUUAGACCACCUUUGCUGGCCCCUCCUCAUCUCUGGGCCAUUUGGAGCAUCUAACAGAUCUGUCAAGCUAGAGACACUGUAACUUGCUAAAACAACCAUCAGAGCCUUUCCUCAGAACUAGAACCCCAAAUACCCAUUUCUGAGCGUUUUUUCUGGCCCGUUUCAUGCCGUUUUCAACCCUAGAAUUGCGUUCAGAUCAGAAUGAGCAUCUUUGAAUAUUGUGCCUUAGGUAGCAGUGAGCCACUAGGGGGCGGCUUGGAACCGCAAAGAAGCGUCUUUCCGGUGGCGCACUGCCUUUCCAUGUUUUAGUGCUGUUAGAUCUAGUGAUGGUGCGGCUAAGCAAUCUUGCUCCUUUUUAUUUGUUCUUACAUAGUCAUCUGAUUGCUACGAGACCACGUUACCAAUGAUCACUUUUUUUUGGUACUGUAGAAGCUUUUUGUCACCCCCAACCUGUCAGGGGGCAAUCUGUGCCAAUGAAGAGUACCCUCUACCCUUUCUGUCCUCGCUACAUUCUCUCGCGUGCAGAGAAAUGGGCCAGGCAUCAAACUGGCUAAGAGUUGGUUGAGUUACAUUACAAAUAUUUAAUUUAUUGGAUAGUUAAAGAAUUCAAACAAAUCCAAUGAAACAGUGUGAAACUCUUCACAUGGUAGUACAUCAGUAAGGAAUCUUCUGUAGGAGAAGUAUUUAAUGGGAAUUUGCCGGGUUUUUUGAAGCCAUUAAAAUGCCUCUUCCUGAAUAUAUUCCUUGGCAGUAGGCUCAGAGAGCCGGUAUAUGACCCAUAACCUGGAUUUCUGCUGCAUGAGAAUGUAAGUUGGUUGGCUUUGGCUUGUCUCAAUGAAAUAUAUUUUCAGAUGAUUCUCCCCUCUCUGCCUCCAGGAAGGAUUAUUGCCUUAAAAAAAAGAGAACAUAAAAGGUGUUCAAGGUUUCCCCAAAUAAAAUAUUC